AUGUCUUUCUUGGAUGCUUUAAAGGAAACAUGGGUUGCUCAAAUCGAUACCAUCCUUCAUCGACAUAUCCCUGAACGCCUAAAAGCUAUCGAGUCCAGCAUAUCACCUGAACACAACAAUGCAAAAAAGAGACGCCUUAAUCUUGACGUGGUUGAAAAUAAGGCAAUUGAAGAAGCAAGCUAUUUGAUCCAAUACACUGGUCGAGGAUGGACUAGGCGAGAAAUGCUACAGCUGGAUAACAAAGACGACAAUGACGAGACAUUGAUAUGCUGCAAAGUUGUUCAAACGGGUGCAAGCAAAGGCGAGAAGGAAAGCAGGGAGAUUUUGCGCAUGUAUGUGGAUCACCACACUGAGCGGGCCAAAGCACUUAGCAACAAGAAGGACUCCUCUGACACCGACACACCAUGGGAAAGGGCAAUCAACGCUGAAAAUGACGCUUAUGCAAUCGAACUGCAUCAUGCAUUACAAAGAAUAGAGAAUGCAUAUAUGACAUUUUGGGAUGCAGCAGUACGUUUAUACAAGAUACGACAUGGCAGAUCGCGGGUGGCAUAUGACCAAUGUUUUCCGUCAAGUAAUCCAAAUGUUGCUACGAUUGUCCAGGACUAUUUUUUCAGAAAGCUCAAAUGA